ACCAAUCUCAAAGCAAAUUAUAUACACUACUACUUCUUGAUCUUUUGUACUAUACAAACAUAUGGCUCCAAGAACCUCUCUUGCACUCUUCGUUUCUCUCAACCUCCUCUUCUUCACUUGCACCUCUGCAACCACAGGGACUUGUCCUAUACAGAUCAGUACUUGUGCCAAUGUGCUCAAUCUAGUGGACCUAACAUUGGGAAACCCACCUGUAAAGCCAUGUUGCUCGCUCAUCCAAGGCUUGGCUGACCUUGAGGCUGCGGCCUGCCUCUGCACUGCGCUCAAAGCUAGCAUUCUUGGAAUUGUCAAUAUUAACCUUCCUAUCAAUCUCAGCGUACUCCUCAAUGUUUGUAGUAGGAAUGCUCCAAAGGGUUUCCAGUGCGCGUAAGUUGAAUACCUAUGACAUACCUAUAAAACAAACGAAUCAUACUGAUACUUGAACAUGUUUUCUUAUCUACUUGUUGUUGUUCUAAGGUUUUUUUUUUUCUUGGAUUGUUAAAAAUGAACGUACGUUCUGAUGCAAUAAUGGAAAUGGAGUUGUGUGUAUAAUUGGCAAGUUUAUAUCUACUCCUUCGCUUCGUUGUUCCUUCGUCUCUUCUUUGUAAUUGUGUAUUUCAAAUUUGCUUAAUAAAAAUAUGGGUGAAAGACCUGUGUUCUCCC